AUUACGCCUGACAGAACCAGGAAGUUUUGAGGGCUGCUAGCGAAAGCUCCGACUUAACGGAUAAAAAUGAAACCAGCAUUUAAGUUUGCGGUUGUUUCCCGAGGGUGGAAUAAACAGGACGUCUUAAUACAGUUGUGAGCAAAUCGAAACUCAACAAUGGGCCGACGACGAGCUGCUGCUGCAAAAUCUCCAGCUCCUGCAGCCUCUGAAGCUCCUGCAGAGGCUGCCAGGGCGUGCAGCAGAAAGCACAGCAUCUGCAUGGUGUCUGACUUCUUCUACCCAAACAUGGGAGGAGUAGAAAGUCACAUUUAUCAGCUUUCUCAGUGUCUCAUUGAAAAGGGGCAUAAGGUGGUGAUUGUCACUCACGCCUACGGCAGGAGGAAAGGUAUCAGAUACCUGACCAACGGGCUGAAGGUGUACUACCUGCCUCUGCAGGUGAUGUACAACCAGUCCACCGUCACAACCUGCUUCCACAGUUUGCCCCUGAUGCGCUGUGUGUUUGUCAGGGAACGCAUCACUGUGGUGCACGCUCACAGCUCCUUCUCUGCCAUGGCCCAUGAUGCACUGUUCCACGCCAAGACUAUGGGCCUGAACACGGUGUUCACAGACCACUCGCUCUUCGGCUUUGCCGACGUCAGCUCUGUGCUGACCAACAAGCUCCUGACCGUGUCCUUGUGCGACACCAACCACAUCGUGUGCGUGUCGUACACCAGCAAGGAGAACACGGUCCUCCGCGCAGCCCUCAAUCCAGAGAUCGUGUCGGUCAUCCCCAAUGCCGUCGACGCCACAGACUUCACUCCUGACCCCUCCCAGCGCCAAGAUGACAGGAUCACUAUUGUUGUCAUUAGUCGUCUUGUCUACCGCAAAGGAAUUGAUCUUCUCAGUGGAAUAAUCCCAGAGCUCUGCCUCAAGCAUCCUGAUCUGCACUUCCUGAUUGGUGGAGAGGGACCGAAGAGAAUCGUGUUGGAGGAAGUGAGAGAGAAAUACCAGCUGCAUGACAGGGUGCGACUGCUGGGGGCUCUGGAGCAUAAAGACGUGCGCGGGGUUUUGGUUCAGGGUCACAUUUUCCUCAACACGUCGCUAACAGAAGCCUUCUGCAUGGCCAUCGUGGAGGGCGCCAGCUGUGGGCUGCAGGUUGUGAGCACUCGUGUUGGGGGCAUCCCCGAGGUGUUGCCCGAGGACCUGAUCACCCUCUGCGAGCCCACGGUGCGCUCGCUGUGUGCCGGCCUGGAGGCGGUCAUCGCCCGGCAGCGGUCCGGCUCCGUCCCCCCUCCGGCCUCCGUCCACGCCCGAGUCCAAAACCUCUACACCUGGAAGAACGUGGCAGAGAGAACUGAAAAAGUGUACGACCGGGUCCACACAGAGGACGUCCUUCCCCUGGACAGACGGUUACGGAGGCUGAGGUCCCACUGCGGCGCCGUGGCCGGCUCCAUCUUCGCCUUCGUGGCGGUGUUGGACUUCCUCUUCCUGCUGCUCCUACGGUCGUUGGUACCCGAUCACAACAUGGACGUGGCGGUGGACGCCACCGGGCCUGGCGGGCUGUGGACGGUAGAAACUGAGACUCAUUCCAAACGUGCUGCAGAGCAAAGCGGUGAAACAUGAACCGUCUCCACUCCUCUCGCCUCUGCACUCGUGGUGCCGACGAACAUUUAUGAACGAGCUCAUGGUCACUCCAUACAAUGUUUACAUUUCUGUUUUUCUUAUUGCUGUUGUGCGAAAGCAUUCUAGCCAGACUGCUCACGGAUUUUCACAGGGAAUAUUUAAAUGGAGGCUUCUGGAGAAUCUCCAGGUGCUUUUUCUCGUUUGACGGGAGUCAAGAACAAAUACAUUUAGGUGAGAUGAGAAAUCUGAUCCAUCUUGCAGGAAACCAUCAUGCUUGGGCAUUAUGUUAAGUUAAUUCACUUUAACUCUCCUGCAACUGAAUUCUAACGCUGCUCUUUAAAAGACUUUAAUCAGAUUCACUUGGUGCAUCUGUCGGAGUGUCUUUGAGCAAGACGCUGAACCCACAGACUGCUCCCAGUGGGCGGGCUGAGGGCUGCACAACCUCAGAUGUGUUGUUAUCUUGAUAUCAACAUGUAUAGUAUACAUAUCACGACAGACUGAGUGAACUGUAAACAGUAGUUUCCACACAGUGAGCGUUCACGCUCUGCAGACUGACAGGGAGGGAAUUUUGAUUGUUUAUUCAUGCAAAAUGUUUGUUUUACUAAUUAAAACAUUUUCAAAUGGCAGAACUGUUACUUGAAGGAACAGUUGUCCGUGCACAGAGAUUACAGUCUGCUGCUAAAGUGUAUUUAUCUCAAAUUAUAUCAUUAUCACAACAUUAAACGUUUCUUUAUUGCUCGCUCAUCUAAUAUUAUGCAGCCCUAAAACACACAGAUUAUGGAGUUCCAAAUGACUGAUAAUAUUAAUAGGAAAUAACUAAAAUGAAGGCAGUUUGAAAUAUUAAAAGGUCAAAGAGAGCAAGAGUUGGACAUUUCUGCAUCACCGAGUCUUUAAAAGUGAUGAAGGAAGAAGCUCCUGUUCCACAGCGAUGCUGCUCUGACGGUGAAGCUCAUGCUAGUUUGUAUAAAAAGAAAUAUUUUAAAUACCACAAACACAGCCUGAUGCAAGUUUGAGGAAGGUAUUUGAUGUUUUCAUCUUACCAGAUCUUAUUUCUGAGACUCGCACAGCGACACUCCCCAGCCUCGGCAUUAGAGGCAUCAGAAUACUGAGCAGGAAGAGGCGCUUGUCACGGCGUCCUGUAGGAAACUGCAACUCCACCAGACUGAACUCUGAGGGCCUGGUUCUCAGGAGGAACUUCAGCAGCUUGAUCUUUCCCAUAAUCCACCAUGAUGUUGCCAUUUACUGAUUUUUUUGGGGGGGGUGAGGGGUUUGUGUUAAAACUGUACCUGAUGUUUUGGACGGUGAGUGUGUAUUUCACUGAGCAGGACUAAAAGGGGGAUUCAGCACUGACUUGAUCUUCUAACAUAUACCUCUGGGUUUGUUUGUCUGACAAAAAUCAUAUAUAGAAUUUUUUUAAGCAAACAGAAUAUGAUGGACAGGAUUUCACUGAAACUGUGAAACGUCCACGUAUCUGAGAGUUAUUACAAAUAAACUUAUUUAUUCAGUCUUCUUCCAUUUGUUCUUUUUUAACAGUUCUUGUGUCAAAAUGCAAUAUGAAAAAGAAGAGGAAAAAUGGAAAAUAACUAAACUAAAUAAACACUUAACUUUUUGAUGAUAUUCCACUUAUUUUGAGAAACAGAUGCAUUUGUGAAGUUGUGUAUUUUGUGUUUCUGCCACUCCUUUGCUUCAGACGUUGCAUAUUUAUCAGAAACCUGAAAUUUUGAAUUUUCUUCAAAAUGAGUGUGUGGGGAAAAAAUAUUCUGCUGGCUGAUGUGUGAUUUGUCCAUCCGUGUUCCAGGACUGAAAGUCAGGAAGUGAACUUUCCCCUCACGGGGGAGGAGGGGUCAGAGUGUCUGCUCAGACGGAGUCGAGGUGAACGAGACUGUUUUGUGUUUUCUGGGCUGAACAAUGAGGAUUUGCAUCGGGUGUGAAACAGAGUUCAGCAACACCGUAAUUAUGCAUGAAAAUAGAGACUUCCUGCUUCACUACGAUCAGUACUGCAGAAGCAAGACACACUGGAAAAACUAAAAAAAAACACCAGCCAAGUAGAAAAUACACAGAAAUGAUCAUUCAGUAAAGUGU